AUGGAUAAGAGGAUUGCGGGGAUUGAGGAUAACCUAAAUAGAAUGCACAUCCGCCCUUCUCCGGUCCACCCGUCCUCAAUGGCCCCUUCGCCACUCCAUCCUUCAGCAGGACACCCGUCGCAUGUCCACCGAGCCACCGCGUCGCCGCAGCACCACAUCUUCGCCAACAGCCCCUCGCCUCAGCACCAUCUCCUCGCCAACAGCCCUUCGCCACAGCACCAUCUCUUCGCCAACAGCCCUUCGCCACAGCAUCAUCUGUUCGGGAACAGCCCUCUGAGCAACCUUCCCACACUCGACCAGCUGAGCGAGAGGCACCGGUACGGCCACAAGCAUCGGCGGAAACAGGACGUUUCAGGAAAGGACAGAGUCGCGCGACGAAUCUCCGAGGAUGCUUCCAGCGUGUCGUCGGAAGGUUACCAUACUGACCCUGCCGUCCGCGCGGAACCUUCCUGGACGGUGCGGUCAGUGGAAUCAGCGGCAUCCGUUCCUCCUGUUCUCCAGACGGUUAAAAGCCCCGCGCAUCCUGCUUCGUAUCACCCGCAGCGGAACCACCGUGGCGGCGUUGCUGACGCAUCUGCCGCUCAUUCCGCGCGUGGAGCGCCAGGUGCCGCGGGUUCCGCGCUCACCCAAUACCCCCCGCAGUUCCCCCAGGCGCUGCGAAACUGCUACUCUGCUCCGCAACCAGGCGAGUCGGAAACGUGCGUGCUUUCACGGCAGCUCGCCGGCGCGCGGGAGAUUAAAAUCAUGGCUCGCGACGCCGCGGUGUGCGGCUCCAUGGUUGAAAUGGGAGCCGCGAAAGUGCUGUUGUCGCUUGUAGACAGCGUGAUAGAAGCGGAGGAAGGAAGGGAGUUCAUGGAUUUGCGGUAUCAGGUUGCUGAGGAGGCAGCUGCUGCGCUGCUGAAUCUGUCUUUAGAUAAGACCGCCAAGCACAUGAUGAGGAGCCAUGGCAUCAUACCCACCAUUGUGAGGUUGGCUGACAUCACACGCAGCAGUCCGGACUGCCCUGACGGUGCCAGUGUUAAUGCUCGUGAAUCACCCGACAAUGCCCAACAGCAUGACAUCAGCAGAUGUUCUGACAGUAGCGCCGGGACCCCCGCCUCCACCCGCACCAGCUCUGCGCAUUUGUCUCUUAGAGAGCUGGCAGUGGCGAUAAUCCACAGUCUUGCACAGUCAACAAUGCUGAAAGAGGAUCUAGUUGAUCAGUGGGUGGUGCAGCCGCUGGUAGGCCUGUUGAGGGAGCCAGCAUUCAGCGAGGAGGGACAGAAGGACGCCUUGUACGCGCUCUACCUCUUAUCGUCGUGCGAGUCUGGGAGGUUGGCUCUUGCUUAUCACGGCGCUGUGCCUUUGCUGCUGGAGGUGGCACUGUGCGGUACGCAACGAAGUGGCCAUCUGUAUGCGAAGCAGUCAGGGAGAUUCUUUGACAAGGCCAUGCGUGCACUGGCGAAUGCAUCUGAGGAGAGAUCGGGGCUUUCGGCUUUACUACGCAGCAAAGUCAAGUACUGGUCUUGUGAAAAUGGAGCUGGCUUUGAUGGUGGCUCUCAAAGUGGACAUGGAAGCUGCAUCGAAGUUUCGGGGCUUCAAGGGCUUUUCAAGCUGCUUGCGAAUGGGAGUGAGGUGACAAAGCAGCAUGUUGUCUCAAUUUUGCACCGGAUUCUCAAUUCGCACCCGCCGCCUAUACCCUCGUCAUCCGUUCCUUCUUCACCGGACCCUUCCUCACCCACAUCUUCGUCAUCGCUCCCCUCCCCCGUCGCUCCCCGCUUAUCCACUUCCUCAGCAUCCUCCGCGUAUUGCUCUUCCUUCCCCUCCCGUUCCCCCUUCGCUCCGCCCACCCCCUCUCCGCCGUUCAGCCUUUGCCCCUCUCCCGCCGUCGCCAUACCAUCCCUCUCCGAGCUGCAUCCCUCGGCUAGAAUCUCAUCGGGCCUCCGUUCUUCUCGCCUUCAUUCUACCUCCUCUCUUUCUGCGAAUCCCGAUGGAGCUGUCGCUAAUGUGCCUGCGCCAUCACCGUCCCUUCCGCCGGGUUUUCAGCUGGCUUUGCUGGACUGCUGUGCUUGUAGGGACCCGAACGAGACCAGUGCAGCAGUGCUAGAGAGGCAGAUGGGAGGUGCGCGGCAGAUCAGGCAGAUGGCACGGGAUCUAGAGGGGUGCAGAGCGGUGAUGGUGGAGAAAGGAGCGGUGGGAGCGCUGUUGCCUCUGCUAGAUUGGGCUGAAGGCGGACCAGGGGUACAGCCGUGGGUAGGCGAGGAUGGGGGGAAGGAGAUACUGGAGGAUAAGAGUUCACUGAAGCAUUUGAGGCUGAAAGUAGUGGAGGAGGCAGUGACAGCGCUGCUAAAUCUUUCCAUUCACCCUUCAGCAAGGGAGCUUAUGCUAAGCCUUGGGGUUGUCAAUUCGGUCACCCAAAUGCUUGGGAAUAGGCAAGGCGGAUUUCCACGAAGCAGCAGCGGGAGCAGUGGUGAAAUUCUGAGUAACAGCAGGGGUAGCUUGAGUGAUGGUGUCUCUGUUGUGCCUGUCCAUAUUAGAGAGGUUGCAGCAGCGCUUGUUUUCAGCCUCUCUCAAUCGGUUGAGAGUAGAGGUGAGCUAGUGAGGUGUGGUGCAGCCGAGGCUCUGGUUCAGUUGCUACAGGACCCAACGUGCAGCAGUCAGGGAAGGAGGGACGCUUGCAAAGCAUUGUCAAACUUCUCAACCAUUUCGGUUGGAAGACUCAGCAUGGUUCGAGCUGGGGCGGUGCCUUUGCUGCUGGAGCUGACCUUGAUGGGCCAUGCUGGUGAUGAGUACGUAUCUGAGAAGGCCUUGGGGGUGCUUGCGAAUGUAGCAAGAGAGGAGGCAGGAAGGGAAGCCAUAGUUGAUUCACAAGUUAGAGAUGGGGCGUGGGAUUGGGAUUCUGGGAAUAUCGAGGUUCAUCACCAAUCCUCCGAAAGCUUAAGAAUGGCUUCAGGGUUGAGUAUUCUUUUGGAGUCACUGGAUAGUGGCACGGAGCGAAGUCAUGAGUUUGCAGUUUCGGCUUUGCUCUAUGUUGCGAGGAGCCGCCAGAACUGGAAGGAGCUGUUGCUGUCGGAGGGGCCUCUUCCAUCCAUCAAGGCUGUGGCCAUGCGAGGCAGCCCUCGAGCGAGAGACAAGGCACAGAAGCUCUAUGACCUUCUGAGGGGUUGA